ACCACUUAGCCAGCAUAUACCUACGGCCAUAUCCUCUUUCCAUUUCGCCGAAAUAAGUCUCUCUUCUCGGGGAAGGGUUUCUUCAGGCUCUUGCCAUCGCAAUGACCCAAACUCCACCGCCGCCGAGCGAAGGAGAGCUGAUGCACCAAGGUCUUCACCAGCUGAUACAACACAACGCCAGCACGCCUUAUCCACAGGAUCAAUACGACGAAAGAGCACGCCAACAACAACAUUCGAACUACGGAUCGCCAGCACCGUAUGAUCAGUACGCGUACCGCGGCCAGCAGCAGCGAUACCCGUACCAGCAUCAACAUCAUGAUUCAGGACUGGGAGUUCAAUAUGACUAUUCAUGGUCGAUGUAUCCAGAUCAGUACAGCACGCCUGCUACGUCGCCUCCAACUCCUUCAAUGAACCACCAAGAAAUGAUGAGAGCAAGGAAUGGUAUGGGACUUCAGCGAAACCACCAAAGCCUGAGACCUAUGCCAGACAGCAGAUCUCGAAUCACAAAGUCCCCAAAACCGAAAAGAGAACCAAAGCGGACCAAGAUCAAAGCGGAAAGCAAAGUCGCCAAGCUUGAGAAGCCACUCAGCGAGCUGACGAAGGACUGGACGCAUGUUGAAGUUGUCGACAUCGACGCCUACGUGAACAGAUCUGCAGAAGUACGACGAAAAGAGGUCGAGGAAGGAAAGAUACCUGGGAAAGUGAAGCGUCCAAUGAACUCGUUCAUGUUGUACCGCAAGGCGUAUCAGAACAGGACGAAAGACUGGUGCCUGCAGAACAACCAUCAGGUCGUGUCGCAAGUCUGUGGAGACAGCUGGCCACUCGAGCCUGAUGUAGUGAAGGAUCAGUUCAGUGAGUGGGCACGAAUCGAGCGCAUCAAUCAUCAGAAUGCUCAUCCAGGUUACAAAUUCUCCCCAACUAAACCCGGUCAAGGCAAAGGUGCCAACAAGAGGAAAGUGUCGGAAGAGCCUGCAUCUGAGGCAUCUGAUCUUGAUGACUUUGAGUGGCAAGACCCAAGGAACAGGAAGAAGACUAAGCAUCGUCCAUCUCCCAGACCAGAAGCGCCUGUCAUGUACCCAAGUACAAGAUCUGCAUACAACUACUCAAGAGAAGACUCAGCAGAGGAAUACGUCGGUGGAUACAACAAAUCGCUGUUCCAGAACAACAAUCCAGGAGUUCCACUACCACCUCCAUACAACCAAGGAGGACUUCGUCAAGGGGAAUACUACCAGCAGACGAUUCAGAGCAAUCCUAGAAUUCCAGGUGCUGAAGAUGUCAUUAUCAGGAAGACUGAAACUCCUGGCUCAUUCCUAGGACUUCCAGGAGGACAGGACUUCAACAUGAUGAACCUAUACAACCAAUACGAGGCAUCGCAAGCACAAGGACAACGUAUAGAUCCCGGUCUCAUGGGUCCAGAUCAGCAGCUGUACGAGCAUACCAUGUACCCAGAUCCCCUGACACCAAACAUGUAUUUUCCCGACGGCCAGAAUGGAGAGCAGCCGUGGCAGCCCUCGUACAAUAUUGGUCAUGACCCUGUCAUGCCUUUCAUUGACCCACAGCUGACUCAGGAUGGGGGCCAAAUCCAAGACCCGCAUAUGCAUGUCCUCAAGGGAAACCAAGAGGGAUGGCAUGUUGAGUCACUGGAUGCUGGUGGUGAAUUCGACAAGUGGAUGGAGGAAGAGCACUAA